UUGUGUCUAGGCCAGUUCACAUAAUUAUAAACCCGUGAGCAUCAAAGUGCUACUGCUCUAAGUUUGGAUACAGUGAGGUCGAGUGGACAAAAAAUGUUACAACAACGAAAUAUAUAAGCAGUGUCUACCGGGGUGACCAACAACGUUGAAAGCUGUGCCAUAUAUAUCUAUUGAUCACUGUUUUGAUUGCAGGAGGAGUUUAGAUAUGGAGAUUUCAUCAACCAGAGGGUUAACUGAACUGGGGAUAAUAGAGGAUCCUAACUUUCUCCAUCAGUGGCACUUAAGCUCUAUUGACACUUCUAGCUUAACAUCUGCUACUUUAGGAGAGACUUUGCAAAAAUAUUCAUUCUCUAAUGACCCAAACUUCAACCCCAAAACUUCCAUGGAAACUUCACCCACUGGAAUUGAAAGACCCGCAAAACAGCUCAAAAACAACAGCUGGAAUCACAACAAAAGUCCUCAGACAUCAGAGACGCAAUUUGAUUCUUGUUCAAAUCUUCUUUCAUUUGUUGAUUUGAAUUACACAAGUCAACUGGGACUAGUGAAGCCUAAGGUGGAGAUGGUGUGUCCUAAAAUGGAUUACACUACUCCUGCAGACAUGUUGAUCUCUCAAGGAACCUUGGAGAAUCAAAACUAUGUCUUCAAAACUUGCCACGAGGCCAAAAAGACUGGGACACGUCCUAAACUUUCUCAACACCAUGACCACAUAAUAGCUGAAAGGAAGCGGCGAGAGAAGCUCAGCCAGCGGUUCAUUGCUCUAUCUGCUCUUGUUCCGGGCCUAAAGAAGAUGGACAAGGCUUCAGUUCUUGGAGAUGCUAUCAAGUACUUGAAGCAAAUGCAAGAGAAAGUGAGUGCUCUUGAGGAGGAACAGAAGAGGAAGAAAACUGUGGAAUCUGUGGUAAUUGUGAAGAAAUCUCAAAUAUCUAAUGAUGCUGAAGACUGUUCUUCGGAUGCUGCUGGUGGUACAUUUGACGAGGCACUACCUGAAAUUGAAGCACGAUUUUGUGAAAGAAAUGUCCUCAUAAGAGUACACUGUGAGAAGAAUAAAGGAGUUGUAGAAAAAACAAUCAGCGAAAUUGAGAAACUCCAUCUAAAAGUCAUCAAUACCAGUGCCUUGACAUUUGGGAGUUUUGCCCUUGAUAUAACCAUUAUUGCUCAGAUGGAUACGGAAUUUUGCAUGAAAGUGAAGGAUCUUGUGAGAAACCUACGCUCAGCUUAUUCAUCUUUCAUGUGAAGAAGUUUCAUAUUUAUUUAGUUGACUACCACGUUAUACAGAAUCUAUCGAUCUUCCCCAAAAGCUUCAGAAGUAUAGUAGUGCAAUAAGCUAUAUUACAGUUUCAAGUUUAUGUUCUUUUCAGUAAUAAUUCUAUUUACAAGGCCUGCAUGUAAUGUCUGCCAUCUUAAUGAAACCAUCUAUGCUCGGACAGGUUCAUUUUGCAGGAGGGUUUUUCUAGUCAUAUAUUUUCUUUUUGCAUGGUCAACUUGUUGACCGUGUUAUUAACUAUCACCCUCCUGUUUCACGAGUUAAUGUAGUGCUUCUUAGGGCUGUUUUGGCAGGAGGUUGAAGUUCAACUCUACUCGUUUUCUGUCCUUUUCUUACCUAAAUUUUUUGACUAAUAAGCCUUUGUUGAGUAACUUAUUAUUUUUCUUAGUGGUCUUGAGCUGCU